AGCCCCUCCGUGCCCGCCGCUCCCAGCCCCGUGCCCGCAGCUCCGCCAAGAUGCUGUGCGGUGGCACCUCCGCCGCCAAGCCCGCCACGGCCGAGAUCCAGGCCAUCGCCGACAAGGUGAAGCCCCAGCUGGAGGAGAAGGCAAACAAGAAGUACCCCACGUUCAAGGCCACGGAGUACAAGAGCCAGCUGGUCGCGGGGACUAACUACUUCAUCAAGGUUCAAGUUGAAGAUGAUGACUUCGUGCACAUCCGCGUGUUUCAGAGUCUCCCUCAUGAAAGCAAGGCCUUGGCCUUGCACGACUACCAGACCAACAAGACCAAGCAGGACGAGCUGACCUAUUUCUAGUUCUGGAUCUUGAACUGAACCUUCGCCACCAUGUCCUCUGCCACGUGGUCGUGUGCCCGGGUCCUAAAUGAGCAUCGUCUCUGUGC